ACUGUGGUGCUGUGUCAGUGGGAAAGUAUAACAGGGUAAUUUAGUGUCAUCAACUGAGUUGAAAACGUAAAUUGGCCACUUUAAAGAGUUUUGAGCACUAGCCCCUUGUCAGAGUGAUAGUAGUCCCAGAUUGAUCCCAGUUAAAUUUGUAAACAGAUAUUUUUUUUCAAUCAAGUAAAGCAAUAAUCCUCCCAGGUGAAAUGAACUUUUGGCAAUUCCACAAAAGAAGCUUGAAAAAAUUCUGGCUUUGACAAGAUUUGAACCUGUGCCUCUAGAUACUAGAUGGGUGUUAUGAAGUGUCCAUGAAGCCACACAAUUUGGGACCAAUGCAAAAUUAUUUUAGAGUGUUUUUCUUUCCCAUGGAGGAAUCCGAUCAUAAUUUUUAUUUCACUGAAAAAUUGAAAUUUGUUUUUAGCCUAUAUGGUUGUUAUCUUUAGUUAAAAUGGACUAACCUUCUUCUGUUUUUCCAAUUUUUAAUUUUCAGGAAUGGACACUUUUUGGGUGUGGCAUUUGACAAUGUUCAAUAUGGUCCAGGGCUGGCUUACUUCCCUGCCGCUAGUUUAUCAUACGGAGAGUCCUGCCACAUGAAUUUUGGGUCGGCCCCGUUUAAGUAUCCUUUUGAUAAACAGAGAAAAAAAAAACAAGAAAAAGAGAAAAAAAAAGUUAAAACCAGUUUCAGGGAGAGUGUUUUACAAUUUCGUAAAAUUAUGGUUGGACCCCCGGACUGGCAUAAAUUUUUUAAGAAAUCGACUCAGAAUAAUGCUACCCUUUCGGUAUGUGACGCUAGUUUAGCGCGUUCUACCUCCUUCCUUCACAACAGCACUGGCUUUCGGUAAGGUUUCCCUGACAGCUUGCUGUGGCCCGUGACCAUGCCCUCAGCUUCGCUUCGGGACGAGCGUUUCUUAGCCCGCGGGAAAGUAUCGAGGCCUUGAGCAACACGAGCCGGUGGGGGUCUGAAAGGGGUCUGGCACUGAUUAUCUGUACCAGACCCCCCGCAAACCUCUUCUCGACUUGUACCAAAUCUGCCCGUAGGCAGAGAAAUGUGCUUCUUGUAGCAGUGAUAAUGAGGACCUGCUCGUAAGCUGGGUCUUUGAUAGUCAGAGUACAGAAAGCGAGCUAUUCGAUAAUUGCACCUCCUAUUUAUGCAUCAAGAACUUAAUCUUGACGUUUGUGAUACAGUUGGAGUUGAUAAUUCUUAACGAAGGAAAGAUUUCCCAUAGAAGGUUAUAAGCCUCUUCAGGACCCGCCAAUCUCUGAUGUGGCUAAAGCUACAGAACUCGUUUCCUGUUUGGACAGACUCUUACCAGCUGUAAGUUUGAUCUUACAAAGAGAGUGGAUGUGAGAAGGAAGACUGGGCCUUGUUUUAAUUGUUUUUUGUUUGGUUUCCAGCCGGACAGAGUUCCUUGUUUGCCGCCGGCUCUUCAUGGUCGUUCAGAUACUUUGACGCUGCUCACUACAGCGCAUGUCUUCGAGAAACUGGGACCUCUACUGGUAAAAGUUGAAACUUGUAUGCUCAGACGAGAUUUGCCACGCGGCUCAAUUUGUUUCCAGUGACAUAGGUGCAGUUUUCAGUUAAGCUUUCAACAUCCCUCAGCCUAACUUGUUGCAAGUAUGAAACUAUAAAUUUGGUCGCCAAAAUAACGUUUAGUUGUAGGGGUGUUUUCGUGUGUUCCCUCGAUGAUUGACAACACCAUAUCAUGUGAUUUAAGAGAGUCGCACAGCGAUGCACAGUUUCAAUUACUUUGAAUAUGUCAAAAUCUUAUAUGUGAACUGCGGAUUAAAACAUGAAUAAUUAUGAAAGCGGUUUUCACAGUAAUGAACACUCUUGAAGCUGAAGUGAAAAUAAGGCCUUGUAUAAAUUCAGGCCUGUAUGGGAUUUGAACACAUGACCUCUGUGAUACCGGUGCAGUGCUCUACUAACUUAGCUAACAGGCUAACUGGGAUCUGGUUUUUAUGUUAGUUCAUAAUAAACCUGUGAAGUGAUGAAUCAAGGACUGAUUUUUUUUUCCUUAUGUUGGUUCGUAAUGAAACCGUGAAGUGAUGCACAGCUCACUUCUGUGAAACCGAAGGAAACGAUUACAAAGGGGUAAUUAAAUAAGGUUAAUCAACUACCAGGGAUAGUUACAGUACUGAGUGUAUUUUCGUUAUUGUGGUAUUUUCCAGACUGGAGGCUACGUGGUUGAAGAAGUUCUCCUUCCGUUCUUACUCAAGUCUUGUGUGGGAUGUAAUCCUGUGGAACAUCGACCGGGUGUUCAUAAGAUUCUUGAUAUGAUGUGGGUCUGUAUGGAGGUAAGUUGAGUCUGGGCAUGCUCUACUUCUUUUUAAAUUUUUGCAAUAACUUCCAUUUAUCUCUCCCCCUCUUCCCCACUUCAAUGUUUCCUAGUUUCAACAAAAUGUAAUUACAUGAUAACUGGUCUAACCUGAAGUUUUGUCUCGUUUGGUUUUAAGGAGUUUGAACUGGUGCCUUCUCUGAGUCACUUGCUAAAUGCUCUGAUCAAGUAUUACUGGUUCCAACCGGUUACCAUGGAUUUUAGGCAACAGGUAAAGCCAGUUAUACGAUCAUUUCCUCUUAUUUGUUGUCAUUCACAAUGCGCUUUGUACGGCGUGUGGUUUCAAUCAAUAUACUCCUCUCGCGCAACUAAUAUGGCGACUUUUUCUUAUAGCUGAGCUCGCCUGAGACAUAAAUCGUCCUAUUUUUUGUAAGCAAGUCCGUUCCACCUUUAGGGGGGAGGGUGCGGCUACACAUAGGCUAUUUGUUGCACAAUUGCUACAAAAAUCCGUCUUUUGUUUAUGAAUUAUUUUUGUAUUUCUGAUCCUGACUUGCGUAGUUUUAAGCAGGAAAUGCUUCAAUUGGAUGAGCUGGUCGGUGAAAAUGAGGAAAGCUAGACAAUGUCAUUGCAUGGUUUCUUAUCUUUUUAGGUGCAGUGCCUCACCUUGGUUCUUUCUAUACUCAAACACGAGAAAACACGAAGAUUGUGGAUCGCUUGUAAAAGAUAUCCUUUAAAAAAUUUUCUAUUUUUUACUAUUGAAAAAAUUUGAAAGGAUGUUGAAAAUUGCCACAAGCAUAUGGCAAAGGAAAGACUGACUCUCUUGCGAGGACUCGGAUUACAGACAUUACGAUGACGCAGUCCGAUGCUCUACCAACUGAGUAAGCGGUAUUAUUGUGGAGCUAGUCCAAAGACAAGAUUCAUCUGUGAUAAUUGUCCUGUAUACAGAUAGAAUAGUUGCUUUUCACACUCUAUAAUUUAAUAUGGUUACUGUAAAACCUUAUCUGGUAUACCAUCUUCAUUUAGCGGUUACAGGAAAGAAUCGAAUAAUAUAAGAAUGUAAGACGCCUUUCGCGUUGUUGUAAGGAUAGCGCUCUUAUAAUCCGCAGUUGACACAUUAUGAUCGUCUUGGCCGAGAUAAACGAUAACACUGCCCUUCAAAGACUACCUUUGUUUGGAUCUAGUCAGAUUUUCAUUUCAGCUAUAGUAAAAAUACUCCGCCGGAAGCAACGCGUUCAUGGCAUUUGCGCGCCAGUUGGUAUUUGUGAAUUUUAGCGCAGUAAUUCUGUUGUGUUUGUAUGGAUUCUUUGACUGUAUGAACUUUUCCUCAGAAGUUUAGCUACUUUAUGCAUAUCAAGCCUCCAGAUGACAAAGUCCUUCAGUCUUCCUUUCCAUCGGUGUGGUGGGAAAGCGACGAUGUGAGUUCUUAGUGUGUAUUUUUAGGUCAGAUCUUCAUUAAAAAUUCUAGGUAGUUAGAUAAAGCGCUCCCUGCGACCAAUGUCUUCACUGGUUAAAAGACACGUCAGAUAGGGGUUGAUGACCAAUCAGCUUCCAUGGUUUAGACCAUGUGACCAGAUAAGACUACUCUUUCUAUUCGUGUAGUCACAAUACUCGACGAUGAUCUUCUAAGUGAAAUUUUUCUUGACGAAAUAUUAUCUCACGUAGAGCAGGGUAGUACUGUUAGAUUUCUCUCCAAAGUGGGUGUAUGGAAAGUAACUCACUAAAUAUUUUUUUGCAUAAUCUUUUUUCUUUAAUUCUCAUGAAUGUAAAGCUAGUCCGUCAAAGAGAAAAUUUUGUGCCACUGAAUAACUUAACUAUGAAUUGCUUCCUUCGUAGGAGUCAUCGAAGCCGAGUGAGGCGUCAAAAACUGAGUAUACCACUGCCUGCAAUAAACUCAAGAACAAAGUCCAAGGUAACGAAACAUUGAUCCCUUGACACCCUUUGUGACGUUAGGGGAGGAGAGGGAGGGGGGAAGGGGCUAAAGAAACCUUGGUGUCGAUACCUCGAGCAAUUGAGUAUAAGUAGUCAAUCAGAGGAAAGGGAAAUACCACAUAAGCCAAUGAGGAUUAAAGUAAAAGUAAGCUGACUGCUCAAAGCGCGGGAAAACUGAACGCGCGUGACGAAAUCGCAAUUGGUGUUGGUAUUGAAUCUGAUUGGUUAAGAGGAUGGCGCGACCUUUUUUUGGACCAAUUACGGAGCGCAGAAAAGUAAAACCAAUAUAAUCCUUGAUUACUAUUGACACUCAGUGGAAAAGUGGUUAAAAAUGUUAGUCUCGUUAGAGAAUAAAUCACAGAAGAGACAAUAAGAAACAAAGAAGGAAAAAGAAUUGUAUUUUAAUGUGGCUCAGAGUAAAUCUUAUGGAUCAACCUCGUUGUGACUCUACCAUUUAGUUUAAAUCCCGUAAAAUGUUUGAUUUAGUAGUCAUGAUGUAAGGAAAAAUUAGAUGCUAGUCACACUCUAAGGUUAAUGGGAUUUGUCUCCCUCUUUCUUAGUGCUCGAGAAUAUUCAGGUUGAAAUUUGCAAGAUUUUGUUAAAAGGCGAUGAUCGACCGACACAGGUAAACACCUUAUGAUAUUUAAAUUGUAUUUCAGAUAAAUGCCGAGAUUUUUUAGGUUUUAACGUAUAGUUCACUUUAUUAAUCUAAGAGAGUUUGAAGGUAGGAAUCUGAGUUCUCCUUGGAGUACUUAUUUAAAAAAAAACAAUUAUUCUGUUGAUUAUGACUCAAGGAGUCAUAUGUCACAAUAAGACAUAUGACUGAAGUUCAACUCAGGCGGCGCUUUAGACACUCAGUGGACCCUCGGCUUAUUUUUGGAAAAGAAAUGUUUCUGCCAGUUUGUUUAUUCUAGCUGUGAGCUUUCCUUUUCUGUCACUAUCUACCAAAUACCUUGUUAAAACCAACCUCAGAGAUUUUGGAUGGACGGAAAAGAAGUGAAAGAAAUUAGGUAUCGUAUUCUAUCGAACCGCCGUUGCAGUAUUCGCUAAGUAUGACGUGUUGUUAUAUUUUACCAGGACUCCAAACCUACAAGGCUGCUAUUCCUCGAAAAGUUUAGAAAAUUCCUGCAGGAAAAUAUGAUGACCAUUAUGGUUAGUUCAAUUAACUUAAGAUAUUUCUGGUUUUGAUGCAUUCGUGAAUAUUUUACGCUUGGUUUGUUUUGCAAUUUGAAGGGAUGCUUUUUUCUAAUUCAAACAGCUUCAACCGUCCAGCGCAUGUGCGGGACCAGUUAUUACGUGUUUCUAUCAUCGACUGGUGCAAGCAGUCCGCUGGCAUUGGGAGCAGUGGGCUCAAGAGAAGGAUUCGCCUAUAAAAAGUAAAGGUACACAAAACGAAUUGUAAAUGACGAACUAAAGACAGAUUAGGGCAAAAUUUUCAAUUUGGGCAAACUGCAAUGUUUUGCUAUAAAGCUUUGCCGUGUCGUCUUAUACCAUAAUUCGACUUAAUUACAAUUAAUUAACCAAGAGAUGUCACAUUCCUCUGGCCUGGGUUGUUCAAAUCUAACAUAAUUUGUCUUAAUAACCUGGUUUUCCUUUAAAAUUUUAUUUCAGAUUUGAAAGCUUUAAAAGAAAAUUCAGUUGGAUUGUUUUAGUCCACAAUUUGAUUAUGGAUGCUCUUCAAAGAAUAUAGAAAAUUAACCCAAAAAGUAUUUUGAACAAAGGCACAAAGAAACCCAGAUUAAAAUUUAACCUUGGAUUAGCGCCAAUCGGCCUUGGAACAGCUAGACCCAACUAAAAUAGAAUUUGAACUGAGAUUUUAGUCAAACUUUACCGGUUGGUUGUUUAUCCUAGAGGAACGUAAAAUUUUGAAUUCAGAAAGAGGGUUCCCUUUCUCAUUUAAGAGCAGUAGUACAUUGUAGAUAACCAUAUAAUUCUCUAAUAUCAAUAUUAUUCCUAUACACAUUAAGUGUACUUUACUUUUAUGAAUUUUUUAGAUGCAUACGUUCCAAACCAUGUGUUCCAUGACGACGGAGUUCAUUUCUGGGACCUACCAAGGUAAUGUUUCCGAAUUAGACAGAUUAUUCGAGUUUGUCUCCGGCUGAAGUAAAUGAGUGGGAUCCAACGCCGAUGAGAGAUUGGAGUUUUAAUCUUUUACUUUUUUUAUCGCUAUAUUUUCAAGUAUUUAGUGCUCAUUUCGUAGAAGUAAAAACGCAACGAAGGAAAAUGUAGUUAAAACAACCAAACAGCUCAAAGCGCGGGAAAACGCGGGCGACUAAGUCAUGAUUGGCUUUAGUUUUGCAUCUGAUUGGUCCAGAGGGUGACGCGAGUUUUCUGGACCAAUCACAGACCUAAGUGAAGGAAAACCUUUGCAGUCUCGGAUUAAUUUCAACGCUCAAUUGAAAAUUGCUCAAUUGUUUUGUGUCGUAUAACUGGAUCAUUUUAAUGUAUUACCUCAAUAUGGUUUCUGUUGUAUUCCUCUUGUUAGGGUGGGUGGUGUUUUGUCUCAUCUCAAGAAAGCCUACCACGGUAAGUCAAAUGGUCGUUGAAAUUUAUUUUAUACCUCACACUUUUCGGAGUGAGCCUUGAUUUUAGGAAUUGGACACAGUUUGCCUGGCCUGCUUCGACAAUUGGCUGAGAAAACCAACUGUUUCAGUUUUCAGGCAAAUUCGGUUCCGUUCCAUUGCCUGAAACGAAGAAAAAAUUCGCCAUAUGUAAAAAGUAUCGAAGCGUUUGGAGAGGCUUCCCUCUUGUUCACGGGUUUCCACGUGAACGUUUAUAAUAAAGUGAUGAUGAUUAUGAUGACUAUGAUAGUUUAUGAUAAUUAUGAUAAUCAUGAUGAUUGUGAUGAUUAUAAUCAUGAUAAUUAUGGUAAUUAUGACAGUGAGGAUAAUCAUGAUAGUUUUGAUGAUUAUGGUAAUUAAUAUAACUAUCAUAAUUAUGAUAAUCAUGAUAAUUUUAAGGAUUAUGAUAACAAUAAUAAUGAUAUUAACAAGGAAAACCCAACGAAUAGAUGUGGUUCGAAGAAAGAUAACAGGUUAGAUUUUCUUUAUUUGAGAGUGCCAUUUGUUUCUCAGACGCCAUCGAAAAGUCAGCGAACAAAGAGGAGUCCAGUGAGGGGGACGAAUCAUCCAUCUCCUGUGAAGAUCGUAACCUCGAGCCUUCAUUGGUGGAAAUGUUGGAUGGCGUCAUCAUGCUUUACCAUAUUGCUGUACACAAGCAAUUGUCUAAGGUAAAAGGGAGACUGAGUGCGAAUUUAACAUUUUUUUCUGAUAGACUCGAGCUCUCGAGAACUCUCCUUACCUUCGAGUCCAUCACCAUUUCCCUUCAAUUACUCGACUCUGCUUUUAUUAUUGCGGAAGGUGAGAACAUGACCCAGUUUUAGUCUUCAGAGCAAGCAAAAGCAAGUUUAUACUUUUUACAGGUGAGAGCCGUACGGGAAAACAUGAAGCAGAACAUCAAAGCUCUUGAAGAAACGAUGGCAAAAAUCAGACGCUGUGAACAGGAGGUAUUUACAACCAUGUACUCCUUGAUUUUUAAAGAAGCGGUUAGGCGCGGCCAUUUCGGUGUUUAUGCGUUAGACUCCGGGUUGAGAGGCCUGGUGACGAAGUGUGUUGUGUUCUCAGGCAAGACACUGGACUCACACAGUGCCUUUCUCCACCCCCGUGGGUACUGGGGUAUAGUCAGGGAAUUUCGACGAAACGCUGGGGUAACCCUGUGAUAAGAGGGGGGGAAGGGGGACGGGGUAACCUGUGAUGGACUAGUAUCCCAUGGGGGGUAAUGCACCUAAAAUACUCAAAAGGGUGUAAUUUCAUAUUUGUUCUCGAUCUUCACUUAAACAACCGAGACUGCAUUUACAUUAAAAAACAAAAGCGAAAUAAGCGAAAAUUCCCUUGAUCCAAGCUAGUUACGUUUCGCCUCAUGCCCAGUUAUUUUUUCUGAGAAGCCCUUACCACGCUUACCCAGCCCAGUGCUCGCGCGCUAUAUUUUCCCGUCAUUUGGCUAAAUAAGUUCGUUUUAAGGUGUAACGGAAGCUUGUUGUUGUAAUCUUUUAAGAGAACUGACGUGCUAGCAGAACUGGAAAGAUCGAAGACAGUCUUCCUUCAAGAAACCACCCACUGCGCAAGACACAUGGCUUGGGUUUCCACUCUUAUUUUCACUAAGGUUUGUUUGGGUCCAUAGUAAUGAAAGAAAAAAAAAUAGACCAAGAGGUCAUUCUCCUGUAGUAUGGUGGGAGAUGCGAUAUAAAAACAGAUCGGUGCCAGUAUCUGAAUAACUUCGCACCUACUCCUCCCCUAACCCGAUAUUAAACGUUACUUUUAGGUAAGGGAAGGGGUAGGUGCGCAGCUGGACGGAUAAUGACAUGGAUCCAUAAAAACUUAGCACCAACUUCCUCUAGGAAAUGAAGAAUUGGGACCCUUUCAGUAGCAUGUACAAACAAAACAUCGUUUUUGCUUGUAUCUGUGGGGUAAAUCUCUCCCCCUUUCACCAACCUCCCACCUUCUACUACAAUAAACUGUAGAAUUGGGCGCCACUCAGAGUCAUUUUAGCCCAAGCCAUUGGGUGAAGGUGGGGGUGAACUCUGGGAAGGGCCCAUAACAAUGUUAUGCCCAAGGUCAUUAAUUGUAUUGUUAUUGUUAUUAUCGCCUUGGAGGGCAUUAAAAAAUAAAAACAGAAAAAAAGUGACAACAAAACAGUCUCAACAUCACGCGGGUAGACGGGUAAGCUAAAAUACAUUUUUAUCCGCCAAAAUAUCCAUUUAAGCCUGCAAAACGAAUUACAAUGCCGACAGAGUGAUGAUAAUCCUGAUUUUUAUCCCUUUUGUCAUUGUCUUCUGUUUUAACAUUAUUUUUGGCCUGGGUCAUGCGCAGAUUAGAUCAGAUUGAAAACCAGAAAAAUCUAUAAUAGCUAAUUCUUUAAUACAUUCUAGUGAUAUGGUAACUGUUUGUUUCUUAGGAGAAGCAGAACGAUGUACAUUGGAUGCUGAAUUGUAUUAUGUCAUCUGUGGAGCGAGGUACUAUAAAGGAAAACCUCUUUGAGUUUACACCUGAGUUUUACAUGGAGGCCGCUAUCAAUGCGUUUCACGGGCUCAGGCAUUACUUCCAUCCUACAACGUGCUUCAGUGACAUUCCAGGUAAAUUGUUUUGGUAUGUUAAUCAGUCCCAGGCUCCCGGGAAAGUAGACUGACAAGAGAGGGCAGAGAACGCGUGCGUGUGCGCUCCCAGCUUGUUUCCGCUGAGCAUAAAACUGACUCAUGCCAAAGUAUUAUUUUGUAGAAGGAUGUAUCACCAUACGUCAAGUUACUCUAUGAUUGAGUGCUCGAUCUGUUUUCGUUACCAAUUAGAAGCGGUCUCACGUGACUUAGAUAAUCAUACCCAAACAUAUCAAAGUCUCUGCGAUACACUUCGCCUAAUCGCGUGAUGUAUUUUGGGGGGACCUUGGAAAAAUACUCCAGCACCUCGCAGUUAUAGGUUGAUUCGUGAAUUGGCGGGAAAGUGACGCGGGAGUCAAUUCCCGCCAAUUUUAAGGCAAGGGGAGCGUCCUCAUGCAUAGUUUCUAAAUGACCAAUGAAGUCGUAGUUGAUAAAACACGGAUGGCACAAUUUUUCGUAUUCUCGCCAGUGUGCAUUGCGCGAAACAUUAUUGGAAAAAUAUUGAACGAAUUCUGCAAAGGUGACGUUGUUGUCUCCAUUUGGGUCAAAAUCUUGCGGUCGAUAAGCUUUUGUAAUGCCUUCACGAGCUUCCCUGCUCGUGUACCAUUUGUCCAGACCAAGAAAUUUGUCUUUAAAGGCAGAGAUCAAGCGAAUAAAAGGUUCGCGAACGAAGACGAAUUUAAAAUAAGUGUUAAUUCUCUUUCGCCUUCCUUUCUCCGAGUACGCACUCAAUCGAUGCCAGAGGUCCCAUUGGUGAAUGUUUUCAAAGGAGUUUUCUUUCAAGCGUCGAAGAUUACCGAACACGUUUUUCCAUGUUGUAGUACCAACCUUUGGAAUCGUGCAGUACAUAAACUUGUUUUUAUCGUCUACUAGGAUAAACUUUAAGUCAUCAGCAACUGGGAUCUUGUAUGAAUGUGUUUGACAAAAGUUAUUCAAAUGUUUCUUUCUUGUGGCCUGUCUUUGCAAAAUUUCUACAAUAGGCAAAGAUAAGUUUAGUCAGUGGAUUUUUGUGCAAACACCAUUUUUGAAGGAGGAAGUCAAGAGGUUUCGACACCUUUCUCGAUACUUGUUAUUAUUAUUAUUAUUAUUAUUAUUAUUAUUAUUAUUAUUAAUGAUUUUUUACUUUGACGUUCUGUUCUAAUAUAGAGUAGCUUUCAGGGACCAGAUAUCUUGAGCAAACUCUUCUAACAUGAAUAUAGAAAACUUGUCACAAAUAAACUAAUCGUCACUUAACACUUUGUUGGUACAAUCAGUAGCUGUCUUUUUCCUUACGAAAUGUUAAUGUGGUGUCCCAGAGCAUAUACACUCCAAACUAAAUUUUUUUUGUCUUGUCUCAAGAAUUUCUCCUUUUGCCAGAUACAUGGAGUAUUUCUCGCGAAGUCGGAACUGAGAAAGGUUUUAAUUGUGAAGAGCGGCGUUUCUGACCUCUAUAUCAAACCGGUUGAUAUCACGCGUAUGACAGUGCUUUUGUGAAUUAGAACGAACAUGUUUGCGGUUUGCGUUUAUUUCCUUGGCAACUUUAAUCACUCACAGUUGCUUAUUGUGUUCGUAUGGAGUUAAAGCCCGGAAAUAUUAUCUUUUCUUUGCUUAAUUUAUGCUUUUGAAGUUCAGUUUUUGAAUCGGUUAAGUAUCGAUGAAUGGUAAUAUUUUACAGCAAAAAAAUCAGAUUAUGUCUUUAAACAACCAUGAGUUCACUAGGCGGAAUCCCGCUUUUAAGUUUCCUGUGUCAAAACCCAUGCGAUGAUAUACUCAUAUCUAAGAGGUAAAUAACGAUAAAAUGUAAUAAAAGGAAAUUCUUUAUGACAAAUCAUUUUUUAAGUCCGUGGGCGUUGUCUUUUUAGACCGCUUCUGACACUAUGUAAUGUUGUAUGCAGCUCGGUUAACUCUGUACAUCCUAAUAUCAGUAUGCAUAUUCUCCAUACCGUUCUGUGCGUUUCCUAAGGUGUCGACAAGAAGAAUUUGUGUAUCAGUCAAGAGCUUGUUUAGUUUUAUGAUCAUUUCCUUUAUUGUUGUGACCUUAAUGCGUGGUUCAGAGGUGAUAUUUUAAGGAAAAAAUAGAUACACAGAUAUAUACAAAGAUAGAAUGAUAAACUUUGCUUUAGAGUAGCCCAUUCAGCCUCGAGUCUGGUAUCUAGAAGAGCCCUGAAGUUGAAACUCACAAUACUGUCGUAAAGAGUACAAAUUAGAUAUAAAAACUACAAAUUUAUUCCUUAAAUUACACGAGUUCCAAGUGAAAAUUUUUUUUAAAAAAUGGAGGUUACGAAAACUUGUAGUUUUUAACUCGAUGCUUAAAAAUUUUCAAGGACUCACCUUGAUUGAUGGGUUGUGGCAAAGAAUUAAUUACACUGAUAUAGUUGAGCAGAGAUACGGAUUAUAUACCUUUGCUAGUAAAGUUGUAACUCUUUUUCCAUUGCGUUUAAGCAUGACUUAUACAGUUCACGAAGAAAUUGUGGUUACCAUUUUUGUCGAGGAAGUGUUACUAGUUACCAAUUAAGAAAGGAGUCUUACCGAAAUCAUCUGCAAGUCCACCGAUUGUAAUCUUCCAAGUUCCAAAAUAACACAACGAAGAUAAAAUGAGGAGCAUUAACAAACAUAAUGUCACCCAAACAGCUUUGUGCAGCGACAUCUUGACUAACCACUAAGGUCGAGGAUCAAAACCUUUUUGAUCGAUGCUUAGCACGAUUUGGUCGUUCACAGUUAGGUGAGAUCAAGGUUCUGAAAAGGCGAAACACCUUGUGAUUUCUUUUUUGUUAAUUAAGGCUAUUGUUAUGUUCAUCUGGCAUAUUAACUUCAGGGAUUUCUUCUUUUUUUUCGGCUUUUUGUAGCUUUUGUUCAAGUGUGAUUAUACAGUUUCCAUAGCGCUUACUUUGACACUUCUUAACCGAUGGUCGUAAACGGCAAAAACAUUCCGCCGUUAGGCGUAAAAAUUGACAAAUUUUAACCGUUCGUCUUAAAAAAAGUUAACCGUUAAAAAACGUUUUGGUGACGGCAAUUCAAAAAUAUUAUCCGUUAGCCGUAAAAUGGCCGAAAAAUUUUAAGCGUUAGGCGUAAAAAUUGACAAAUUUUACCCGAUAGUCGUAAAAAAGGUUAAGCAUAAAAAAGUUCUGGUUUCAGCAAUUCAAAGAUAUUACCCGUUAGCCGUAAAAUGGCCAACAUUUUAACUGUUAUCCGUAAAAGCCAUCAACCCAAAAUGCUUUACACUAGUGUCUAUCGAAUCGUUUCUCACUUUUAUUUGAUUAAUUCAAUAUAUUUGUUUUCAAAUUCAGAAAAGUAUAAUAGUUACAAAAAAGAAAAAAAAAUUCAUAAUCAGCUUUCUCUACGGUAGAGAGGAACCGUCUCAAGUGUGUCUCGUUCCCAACGAGUAGCUUCAUAGCUCGGUCGGUCGGUCGGUGGUUGCGCCUGUAUUUGGGAGGAAGGUUCGAAUCCAGUAACAGCCUUAAUCUUAUCAGGCGUCUUUUCUACAAUUGCUAACAUUACAGCGCGCCUGCAAAGGUAAUUGUUUUGCUUGUUUGAUUUUUUCUACCGGCUGAUAAAAAUUCGUUGUGCCUUGUUUUGUUCAUUUUUUUGUUUAUUUAGUUAUUUUUUCAAGUUUUUCCCGGUUUAAUUCUAAACAAAACAGGCAGAUGGCUUUAAUACAUGUAAAAUUAUGUACGUAAUGGUGGACAGCGCAUACUAACAUAUCCGGACUCCGUGAAUGGCAAACGCAUAUAUACUCUAGCAGACUCUGACAAUUUUCUUUGUAGGGAAAUUCAGAAAUACGAUUCGGUGACUUUUGAUUUUGUCAACAAAUGAUCAUUUAAGUAAUUUUUACACUCAAAACCCGAUACAAAUUUGGACGAAAGUACGUUAAUUUUCCUUUGAUGUUGAGCCAAAUCUAUGUUUUUCCCGUGAUUACAAAAUAUUUCAGUCAAUUAUUUGUGUGUUUACGGCCGUCUUGACGUCUCAAUCUAAAGUAGUGUUCGUUAAUUACUUCUGUCAUGUUUUAGAUGAAUCACGGUUGUCAUCGAAACGUUUUUGUAAUUAGCUGUUUUAUUAUGUUCUUGACGUAAAGAAAUAAGAGAUUGCUAAUUAUUUUUGAAAACAAAAUGAGAGCUAUUGAAUUAUUAAAUCCUUAAUUAAAAGAAGAGGAAAAACUAAACAAAAGAAAGAAAGAAAAUUGAAAGAAACGGUUAUAGAAAAUCAGGCCGUUUUACUGCAUGUUAGUUAGGUAGUGAUAAUUUUCUACAGCUUUUAUAUGAUGGUCUCCGGCAGAAUCGCCUAGUUUUCUUUGAGAAUGCGACGUCGCGUUUACCCUCGUUCUUGUGCUCUUAUUUCGGCACCAGACUUUUGCUCAGUUUUCUUUUUACCCCUCAAAGCAUCCAUAUUUCACCCGUUUAUAUUUUUCGAGAACGUCGAAAUGAGCUUUCGGCACAACGAGACAAGCAAAUGUUUUUAUUUUAUUUUGUUCACAUCUGCCGUCACAUUGUUAGACCGUUCACUUUACUCACUUUCUGUUGUGGUAGAGAGAGUGAGUAGCGUAGCAACUCAGAGUGCAGUAUUUGUGAUAGGAUGCUAGGAGAUUUUUAAGAAUAGUUGAUUGCUUCAAAAAAGGAUGCACGUGGAGUGGCUCAGCGGAUCACAGGCAUCCCAAGCUCUCGUGUCGAGAAAAAGCAUACGAUUAAUUCAUGAAAGCGUUUCGCGUUGUGUGACGCGGCGUUAAGUUACGCGUUAUAAUUAAAAAUAGUAUGGCAAACGAAAUAUGGUCGAUUUACAACGAUAAAUAUUUCGAAAUAUGAACAUUGUACACGUGAAAUAAAUAAAAAAAGCAGUUAGUAAGUUUUUUAUCUCACGCGGUCAGAUUUUCAACGGUUCCUCGCUUCACUUAACACUGCGUCACACAACGCGUAACGCUUUCAUAAAUUAAUCGCUUGCGUUUUCUCGAGACGUGAGCUUGGGAUGCCUGUGAGCAGAUAUACUUUGCUAUACGUUCCCUUUCGUCUUCACGCCUUGGGUAGACUGAUUCAGAUAAGAUUUUAUUGGUCCGAGAUAUUCAUAACCAAACAUCUCAAAGUCACUGCGGUAUAGUUCUCCUAACUUACUGAUGUACGAACGCGGGAUUUGGGAAUAGUACUUCAACACUUCUGAUUCACCUGUUGCUUUGUGAAUUGGCGGGAAAGUGGCGCGGUCGUCAAUUCCCGCCUUUUUUAGCAAAAGAGGAGCAUCGUCUUCCAAUGUCUCUAAGUGACCAAUGAAAUCAUAGUCGAUGACGCAAGGAUGGCAAAGAUCCUCAAAUUGGCGCCAGUGUUGAUUUCGCGAUAUAUUAUUGGAAAAAUACUGAAUAAAUUCCGCAAAACUAAUGUAAUUUUCCCCAUUUGGAUCAAAAUCGAGCGGCCGAAGAUCUUGGAUUAUGACUUGACGAAUUUUUGCGGAAUACCCUGGUAAUUGUAUAAACUUAUUUUUGUAUGCUGAAAGCAAGCGUUGCAAUGGCUCCCGCACGAAAAUAAACUUAAAGUAUGUGUUCAGGCGCAGAGUUAUUUCUUCUUCGCUGUAUUCAGCGAGCAGUUUCCACAUUUGCCAACGGCUGAUUUGUCUUCGAAGUUUGCGUGUGGCAGCAAAAACUGUCUUCCACGUCGAUGAUGCGACCUUUGGGACUAUACAAUAAAGGAACUUCAGCUCAUCAUCGACGGCAAUGUGGAUUUCCUUGGGGCUUGGAUUGGUUUUAAACGAAUGUUUGCUGCAAUAAUCUUUUAGAUGUUGCUUUCGGGCUUGUUGUCUCUCUUCUGCAGUUGAACGUUGGGGCUUGGUUUUUGCCUUUUUGUAUUCAGAACAAGAAAUCAAAAUGAUUUAGAAAUGAAGAUGAGAUUUGUUAUGAUAAAAACAAAAAGAAAGAUAUUAAAAAGGAAUCUUAAGCUCAAUUUGUAGUCCUUAAUUGAGAGGUAUGCUCCAAAAACCAGUGAACAAAUAGACUCAAGGUUGCCGUGUGUAUGUGCAGUCAAAACGUGAUUAAUAAUGGUAAUAGGACCGAGUGGAGUCCAAUUCGGUCUGUAAUCAUAUGAGUGAUUGACAAAAUCGGGCGACCGCGAAGCGGAAGUCUGAUUUGUAAAUCACAAGUAUGAUUACAGACAGAACUGGACGACACAAAGUCCUGUUACCAAUUAAUCAUAACUGUUACAAUUUCCGAAAACAAAAAAAUACGUUCAGCAGAGACAAUGUCUAAGUAAAACAUUCCUCAAAUUUGGUCAUUUCGCAACUUUUUUUAGGAUAAGUGGUUGUAGCUAUGGUUAUUGUGAUCAAUUCUGUGAUUGAUGGAUUAGACUGAAAGGACUAAGUAUGAUUGGCUGCUUCAACUGUCCGACUACAGGUGUUCGAUUACAGCCAACUGUCCGAUUACACUAUCCGACUACAACUCUACAGAAUGAUUAGUGAAAAAUAAAGCAGCCAGUGCACCAAUCACAUUUGAGGAAAUUGUAAUGGUUAUGAUUAGAACGAAAAAGUGCCUUACCACAUUUCAAUGUCUUCUGUGAUGUAUUUCUGAACAGACCCACCACAACAUGGAGUUUAUUUGUUUUGUUGAUAUGAUUAUCCAUCUCAUAAUUAUUGGGAGUCACAAGAUUAUAUAGAUAUUUAAAGAUGUCGGUCGUUAAAGCUCACCUUCGCCGCCUGGGAAUUUGAUUCUUUUUGUGAGUAGAGCUCUGAAAAUACAUUCAACAGAAUUGGUUAUUGCCUCAGGGUCAUUGUCCUUGUUUAAACGCCUUUAGUUAUUUGUUACCCAAGUGAGAUCAGAAGAUCAAAACUUGUUGGCAGAACCACCUCCCCUCCCCCUCCCCCCCUCCCUACCCCUUCAUGGCAAUGCUUUAUAGAAACACGUUGGAGGGAGGACGUACAUUUUCCAUUAGAACUGUAGAGGAUUAAAUGAAGAACAAUACAUGCGCGUGCCUAAGUAUGCAAUUUCUCUUUGAGUGAGUUAUCGAGUUGAACACGACCUGCAAGAGAAAUUUCAUACAAGCAACAAUUUGUUAUUUUGUUCAUAAUAUAAAUACCUUAGGGCUUUACUUACAAUCAACCUGAUAGAGUGGCGCGAAAGGCAAGUGACGUGUCAGCAGCUGAUUGGCGGUAUCAAACGUAUGUACAAAAAAAUUAUCGUUAUUUUACACGUGUGUAGUUACGGUUUUUCUCAGAGCUGGAAAUCCUUAGAAAAACACCGCAGUUUAUUUAGUAAAACAAUUUACUCCGAUCUUUUAGAAAAAAAAUGUCCGAACUUAAUUAAGGCCGAAUAUCUUAAAUUAUCAGAAGACCAAGCGAUCAUACUUUUUAAAGUCAUAAAUUAUAAUCAAUUAGUUCUGAACAUGCUCUUCUUUUGAAACGACUCUCUGUAAAGUUUUGCAUUUGGCUUCUCCAACUGGCAUUUGCACGCGCGACUUAAUAAACGCGGUUUUAAAGUAUCACGCAAGCAUUUUAGGAACGAACACGAUAACAAAAAAUAGGUGAAUUCCCUUUCUCAGCAAAUAUAACGGAUGAUAAGGGGAAUAACAUUGUUUGAUACAUGUAAUUUGUAGGAGAAAAGAAGUUGAUUAUAUGAAGUCAAUCAAACUAUAUCCGGGAAAAACGAUUUACUUGAACAUAAAUCAUUUUACAAGUGGAACCAUAAUUCUGUUGAGUUGUUGAUUGUGUCACGUUCAACUUAACCUAAUCGAAAUCUUAUAAGUUCUUAAUAAGUUUUCCUUGAGACAUCCGGCCAACGCAACAUUUUAGUGGCGGGAGGGAGGUUAGUGAAAGAGAACGUAGGAGAGGGGAGGUAAUUCAGAAAGCAAACGCAGAGAAUUAGUCAGAAUUGCAGUUUUGCUUUAUUGCGAAAAAGUAAAAUAAUAAAAUGAACUGAUAAAAGCACACAAAUCACAAAGAAUGAGAGAUAAGAUUUUAAAAUCUGCCUUGCAGUCAUAUUUGGAUUGGUACGUUCUUGGCACGCAUACAAUAAUUUUCAGAUUUUAAAAGCUGUAGAUUUUCAACGUCGGAGAGACCAACGGGAGACGGACAGAACUGAAUAUUACAUUUUAACACCUUUUUGUGUUAAAUCACUCUCCUCGCCGAUGCUUUUUAACUGUUUUCUUAUUUAAACACUUUGUUUGCCCUUGAAGAUAAACAUCCACUUUACGAUUGCCGGCCUCGUAUUUGU